AUGAGGAGAGGACAAAAGUCACAAUACCAUGACCACAACCUAGGGUUGCAGGUCGUAAGAUCCUCGAUUCCCAUCCCAGCUAUUUGCUGGGACUGGUACGAUGGCAAGCGCGAGACAGCGUGCUUGACGGGUCACCUCUCUACCACCUACCAUCGCGAAGCAAUACGGAUGGCGUCCAGUUCUCCGCAUUCAGCGAUACUUGAAGAGUUCAUAACCCUUGAAGAGGAUUUCGAAGGCAGCGUUUCGCCAAGACGCACAAAGAGAAUGAUCACUCUCAAUAGGGUUGUUAAAGAGGCGACGACAACGCCAGAGGAUGUCAAGAAAGGAUUUACGAAACUUAUUCUUGCCUUCAAAUUACCUGCCAUUACUGAUCCCGAGCAUUCAAAUCUAGAUCUUUCACAAUUUGUAACCCGAAUGAGGCACUCUCUCAAUGUAUUCAUGACCUACAUGGUUAAACCGUCCAAAGAAAUCAUUCGUGAUGAAGGGCGCUUGACUGGCUUGUUGUGUUUCGCUCCAACCUUUGUCUCGUUGGAACAAAAGAAACAUGGUCUCCCCUCUUCACGCAACCCUCGAUAUGCCGCAGAUCGUCUUCGAUGGGUCCCUGCAGUUACACAUUAUAUAACAACAAACUUGGACGUUGGUUUGCUGUCAAGUACCGACUCACCUCUCCAUUCGAAGGGAAUUAUGGAAACAUACUUUCAGCCCGCUGCUGCCAACUACCACACUCCUCCUGUUCACCCCCAGCAACGACAGCGGGGAUACCGUAUUUGCGACCAAUGCCGUACUCCAGAGACCCAGUCUCUUAAGUUCCGCCUAUGUGGAGGUUGUCUGGUGACCCAAUAUUGCCACACCGCGUCAGUAUCCAAAGCCGCCAUUGCCGCUGCGUCUUCCUCCCCAGCCGCAGACGAACACCUCGCGAAGAACCUCCGGAAGUUCGCUUCUGCCCAUACGGCGUUGUUGGGGUGGGCUGGUUUCCAGGCAUUGCAACUCAAACGUGUCCCGGCAAAUAUUAGGCAAAACGCGUUGCUCAUUGACUUGAGCUACCAUCCUCACGCCGAGUCUCAUCGUCGGUAUAGCGGGGGCAUUGGCACACUCGUCGUCAUUAUCCAAUGUGGCGGUGUCUCCCAAGUUAUGCCCGUUGAAGUCGAUCCGCCUGCAAAGAUUACGUGGGACUCGAGGGACGAUUGGGCGAGUGUGCUUGCGCACUUUGUGGAGAGCGGAAGGACGGAUUUCAAGCCGAUAUCGACCACUUCAAGGGGGGUGUAUUAUGGAUGA